UGCUUUUCCUCCCUGUUAUUCCUCUUCAUUACUAUACAUCUACCUCCUAAUUAUACAUACGUCCGCUCCUUCAUCCUCACCCUCCUCUCUCACAGCCCAACCAUGGCGGAGCCCUCCAAUUCCGCCGCGGCGUCAGGCCCAACCCCAUCCGCGGCCCCGGCCAGCGCUCCCAAACCCCCAAACCCGGCCUUCAAGAUGCUCGGAAUGCCCAACCUCCGCUUCAAACUCCCUUCCCGGAACUGGAUGAUCUUCUUCACCAUCACCGGCUCCUUCACUGCGGCUCUCAUGUACGACCGCAAAGAGAAACGCCGCGCGCAGCAGAAAUGGUGCGAUCUCGUCGCCCACCUCUCGAAAGAGUCGCUGCCCGUCGAACAAAUGCGCCGCAAGAUCACCGUCUUUCUGUCCGCGCCCCCAGGCGACGGCCUGCGCAGCGCCCGCGAGCACUUCAAGGAAUACGUGAAGCCGAUCCUCGUCGCCGCAGCACUAGACUACCAGGUCAUCGAAGGUAGAAGGGAAGGUGACAUUCGGGCUGCAUUUGCGGAGCGUAUCCGCAAAUCCCGGCGGAAGGCGGGAGAGCCCAGCACGGUGGUGGAAGAGACCAGCACCGAGGAUGUUGUCACCAACGCGAGGAUACAGAUCGGAGUCACGGACGAGCCCGGCCCCAAGGGAGAUCUCGUCAUUGGCCGUCACACCUGGAAGGAGUAUAUCCGUGGUCUGCAUGAGGGAUGGCUAGGCCCCCUCGAUCCUCCGCCACCGCCUCCUCCCGCAGAGGAAUUCUCCUCCCCCGACACAGGCAUUUCCGCCGACGGCAGCCCCAUCACCGAGGAGCCCAAGACGGAAGACACCAAGACGGAAGACACCGCGUCUGAAGAGAAGAAGAAGGAAGAAGAGGAGAAAAAGAAGCCCGCCAAGCCCGUCGGACCAACCCCCGCCUACCUGUCUACGACCGACUACUCCUCGCAACCCCUCCCCCCGACCUUCCCUCAAACGCUCGACGGCUCCGUCCCCAUCCCCCUCCCCCACCUCCUGGGCUUCCUGAACACCCCCAUCCGACUCUACCGGUACCUCAACCAGCGGCACGUAGCCGAGAACGUCGGCCGCGACGUCGCCGGCAUGGUCCUCGCCUCCUACAGCCGUCCUUACCACGAGGGGUCCAUUUCCGAAUUCACCGCCGACGACUCCUCCCCCACCUCUACCUCCCCCUCCGACGACCAGACACCAAGCAGCGCCACAUAUGAACAACAAACCGUCCUCGAAGCCGAAGAACCCGAAUGGCACAAGUCCGUCCACAAGAAGGACGAAUCCAACCCCGACAGGGAGCGCGAAUGGCUGAACGACAUCGUCCUCGACCCCCGCUUCGCCUCGCGUAUGCACCGCUACGCUCUUUCCCCGGAGGAAGAGGCGCGUGCGCAGCGCAUCACCGAAGGCCAGGAGUACAUCCUGGGCGAGGAGCGGCCCGCCCCCGUCCCGUUCUGGCAACAUAUGUGGAUUAAGUACGGUUACGGCGAGGACGCGGAGACCUUGAAGAGGAAGCCCAUCCUCGGUAACAUUGACGGUGAGGAUGAUGUGUGAGGAUGAGAAAGAAAAGUUAUAGCAUAGAUAGAUUCGCCCUUUAGAUAUUUCCAAGUCAUCGUUGGGAAGAGGGGGGUAUAUAGACAUUGAUUGUUCGAUGGAUUGUUCGGUCUUUGUGCAUCUUGUCUUGUUUGUUGUCGGGGUUUGAUAUGACUGACUGACUAUUUAUUGCAUGGGAAAUGUCUCUGCCUAUCUAUUCUCUGUCUAUCUGUAUUGUACUAACUACCUACCAUCUCCUGUUCAUUGUAUAUUAGUCAAAUCCAGGUUACUUACCUACUCUUGGGUUG